AAUCUUAAUUAAAAACGUCACAAGUUUGAAAUUGUCAUGUAAAUUCUCAGUAUAUAUACUUCUUAAAAUUUAAAUAUGAGUAAUAAUGAUGGACCUGCGCCAUACAAAAGUGUUGUACGAUUAUCAGUGGACUGCCUCACCAGACUAGCUAAAGGUAAAAUAAAGGAAAAUAUAUGCGAUAAUGAAAAUGAGAAAAAAGAGAAGAAAAAAAAGACUGAUGUCCCAGAAGAGUGUCCAGAGAAGGUAGAACCAAAAGAAUGUGUCUUCAGUGAUUGUGAAAUGAGCAUGAUGCUGAAGUGUUAUGAUGAGCAACACAGUAUUAACAACGCAAUUACUGUAGAAGAUUUUGAAAUAUUACUUGACAGGGUGGAAGAAGAAACUGUUAAAAGAUAUAAACCUCCUUGCUCACAAGAUCGGUUAAUUAGAUGUUUACAAGCUCAUCCCAAUUGCAGUAUACAAUGCAGACAAUAUGCUAAUGAAUUUAUUGAUUGUGUAGACCAAGAAAGAGUCAUAAAAAUUAAAAAGCAAAUUGAAAAGGAGAAGUUAGAAAAAAUGAAGGAAGAUGAAAAAGAACUAAAUAAUUUAUUAAAAUUAAAAUAAAAACAUAUUUAUAUAUAAUAA